AUGUCUAAAGAGAAUUUAUCCAAAUCACUACUACUUGCCAGCAUCCACCCUCAGUCUAGAAUCCUCCAAACCGACCGGAAACCCCAACGAGAUCCAGUUCCAGCCUCCAAGUCGCCAUUCAAGAUGUGCCGAGGAAUCGACUACGUCCACAAAGGGUGCAAACACAUUAAGAAAUUUCACGUUGUCCAGGUAUGCGAUUCUUACAACGGCACCCCCUGCCACGAUCUCAUUACAAUUCAUGAAAUCAAAAUCACAGCUCCAGCCUUUUGCCUUCGAUGUUUCCGUCAAAAGGAGGCCGACAUUGACGCGGAAUACGAAACCAUGGCAGACGACCUCCGAAAUGAGAUAGCCAGGGUUGACGAAUGCUUCGCCAAGGGGAGGGUCCUAACCCAAACAAACGCGCAUUUGCUCAACGACUACCGUGCUGAGUGCGAGGGUGAUGUCCUGCAAGCGAAGGCAUCGCGGGACUUGAGCAUCCGGCUCUUCAGACAGGACCAGGGGGUCUGGGGUGAUGGCUGA